UUGAGGCCUUCAUUUACAAUUUGUUCAUCAGAGAAUCAGUAUCAGAGUGAUACAGAAUCUACAUCUCACCCUCGAUGGAGAAUUCGUUCAGGAGUGCAACGCUCAUGCAGCGCUGUGGAUAUCGAUGGUUUUAUUAGUAUGAAGCGUCGUAAACCAGCUGAUAGUCAUAAACCCAUGACUACUAAUAGUACACCAUUACCUUAUCACAGGAACUGCUCGUUUUUCUCGGUUGGUUUUUACAUAUUUUUAGAUGUAUCAUUUUGUUAUUUUUUAAACUGA